AGAAGGUGGCUAACAGUUUUUUCCUUUUUAGCUGUUUGUCCGAAGAAGACAGAAUUGCAGCAUGUCGAUGACAUUUGUGUCUGGACGACAGCGUUCAGAACCUACUCAACAAACAGUUCAAUCGCUUCUGGAUGAGAAUUCACAAAUUAUUCAGACUAUUGUUGAUUAUCAGAGUAAAGGGAAAGCAUAUGAGUGCACACAAUACCAGCACAUUUUGCAUCGUAACCUGGUGUACUUGGCAACAUUAGCGGACUCAACUCAAAGCAUGCAGAACACAAUCCCAGCCCCUGGGUCUCAGAGUGGUUCCAGUAGACCCCCUGCAUCUGCAACCCCACCAUCUGGGGGUGGUAUGCAUGGCCUACCUGACAUGAUGCCAAACUCUGGUACAUCCUCAGACAUGAUGCCAACUUCAGCUGGAUUGAAUGCUGGAAUGCCCUCUGGAAUGAAUGACCCAAUGAAAUCCAACAUGCCCCCACAACUGGGUGGAAUGAGUGGUCCUACCACUGCAAGUUAUGGUGCCAGUUCAGUUAGCGGAAUGGGACAGUCAACCUCAUCCCCUCCCCAGCUUCAGCAUCCACCCAUGACAGCGCAGAGUCACAUGGGCUACCCCAAUCCAUCUCAAAGCCAACAGAGUCGACCUGUAGCCCCACCCACCAUGUCAGGGCCAAUGGGAAAUUUGCCUCCACAGGUUCCACCCAUUCAGUCUCAUGCCCCUCCACCUCUGGGUCAACACAUGAUGUCGCAGAAUCAACCACAGUCUCAACAAUACAUGAUGCAGCAGAGGCAGAUGCAGUUCAGACAAGGUGCACCACAGCAGAUGCCUCAGCAACAACAGUCCUUGUCACACAGUCACCCUGGAUAUGGACCACCUAGCUCAGGAGGUAUGCCAUCAACUGGUAUGAUGCCAGGGUAUCCCUCGCAGCAGCAAACACAGAGAUACAAUCCUUACAGACAGACUCCUCAGCAACAAGGCUUGUCGCACAUACCAUACCCAACCCAGCAACAGCCAGGACAGUCAGUAAUGGGGCAACAACCACCAAUGGGUCAGACACCUGUGGGACAGUCACCUAUGCAACAGCCACCUCUUGUGUGACGUGACUUUGUUGCAAGUUUGCGAUGUGACACAAUUUGUUACAAGAUAAUGGGAAUGAAACAAAUUCAUGUGGCAGGCAUGGUUAUGAAAGUGUUACACCCAUUUUGAUAAGAUCUGGAUUACAAGUGCCACUGUUUUGAUGACUUCCAUUCAAGGAAGGUAGCAAAGGAGGGAUCCUAACAUGAAUUUUAGAAAAAUUUGUGUCAUACAUAAAGAAGGGAAAACUUUUCAAGUCUCUUCUUGUGUACAAGGUUUCUGGGAAAUCUUGGAAGUUUUCACAAAAUGAGAGAAAAAGUUCACAGGUCACUUUUAUUUCUAGAGGUGGAUCACAGCUCAGAACAAUUCAUGCAUCACGUAUUAAUUUUAGCUCUAAUGAGGCAUUACAUUUAAACCUUUAGCCACCCUCUUACAUCAGCCAUAACACAAGGUCUGUUUGUUCACAAGGGGGUUGUAAGAAGACACUUUAAGGGAACAACAUUCUAUACUAGCAUUGCUGGUAGGUUGUUUUAUUCAUCAGAACUCAGUUUUGACUAUCACUCUUUCCUGUCAAAUGCUCUGUUGUACUUUUCUUUUUCCCUCCCACUACUUGCCCUUGCAUUGGGCUUUAAAAAGAACUUAUUGAUACAAAUGCUUUGCUGUUUGCAAGCCUGGGAUAAGAGGUCAUUUUGAAUAUUUAAACUACCUGUAAAUAAUAGUUUAUUAAAUACAGAACAUUCCAUUUUGCUGGUUGCAUAAAGGCAAAGUGCGUGGGAAUCUGCAGAAAUUUUACUUUUAAGUAUUUGAGAUAUUUUGCCUGGGGGAACAGAAGUUUGUCACCCGAGAGGCUGUAAUGUCUUUUAGCAACAAACUUUUGCAAUUUUCUGUUUAGGCAGAAAAUAACAAUGGUUGCAACAUAAUCUUUGUGGAUUGUUCAACUUGAGUUUAACAGGAGUUAGUUGUUAUGGAGGGAUAUUUGAAGAGAGUGGAAAUAAAAGAAUACAUUUGACUUGCAUGCCAAGUUUCUCAUCAGGCAUGUUAA